UAGCGUCUCUGUCAAACAUCUGAACACUGCUACUCAGCAGAGGAGAGAGCUUCGAUCAGCAGGGCGAGCCCCCGCCCCGAGGCUGGAACAGAGCCGCUUCCUACACAGACGCAGAUCUGGGUGCCGUGGGAGAGGGGAAGAUGCUGCAGGGGUCAGUAGACAGCAGUGGCUCCACGUUCACUCCUCUGGUGGUCGUGGAGCUGGCCUCGGACACCAAAGAGGAAGCCAUUGCAUGGCUGCUGAACAGGAUAAGAGACAAGCAACAGAAUGGUGGUGCUGAGCUGCUGGUGGAGCAGCUGGGCCCUGGAGUCGGAGCUCAGGAAAAAGAAAACCCCAACCUGUUCCUGGUGGGGGCUACGUGGCAGAGGCUGCUCUCUGGUGCUGAGGAGGUGGGCCUCUUCAAGGAGUUCAGUGAUGGAUCCAUGAGAGGCUUCACCUGUGCCAACAAACACAGCUUCACAGGCUUCAAAGGGGACGGGGACGGCUUCCUCAGUAUGGCCGAGUGUCAGUACAUCGUUAAACACGAGCUGGACACAUUGCGAGCCAAAGAUGAGACUCACGUACCAGGACACGCCCAGGCCAAGCUCUACCCUGGGAAAUCUAUCAUUCGCAGACUGCUGUCCAAGGGGAUCCUGAUCCAAAUGUUUCCUCUCCACGAACAGGAGGAACUCAAGAGACUGUCUUUUUCUUGGUACAAGAAGGUGAAGUUGUCCCUUCAGCCUCUUGAUGACAUCAGACACUACUAUGGUGAGGGUCAGGCCCUCUACUUUGGCUUCCUGGAGUACUUUACCUUUGCGCUGGUGCCGAUGGCUCUCAUCGGUGUGCCUUAUUACCUGUUCGACUUUGAGGACUACGACAAAUAUGUUGUCUUUGCCGUAUUCAACUUAAUCUGGUGCACUGUGAUCCUGGAGUUGUGGAAGCGUUUCAGCGCCUCGCUAGCUUACCACUGGGGCACACUGAGCAGGAAGAAGGCCUUUGAAGAACCUCGUCCUGGUUUCCACGGUGUCCUUGGGUUCAACCCUGUGACGGGCCGCCAGGAGCCUCUCUACCCCAAUGUCAAAAGGCAGCUGCGCGUCUACUUUGUGUCCCUGCCGUUCGUCCUGCUCUGCCUCUACCUGUCCCUCUACGUCAUGAUGGUCUACUUCAGCAUGGAAGGAUGGGCGCUGUCAGUCCACGAUGAGGACCCCACGUUCUGGACCGGGAUACUGUUGUUCAUCCCCAGCAUCAUCUACGCUGUGGUCAUAGAGAUUAUGAACCUCAUUUACAGAUAUGCUGCUGAGUUCCUCACUGAGUGGGAAAAUCACAGGCUGGAGUCAUCAUAUCAGAAUCACUUGGUCCUCAAAGUAUUAGUGUUCAACUUCUUCAACUGUUUCGCCUCGCUGUUCUACAUCGCCUUUGUCAUGCAGGACAUGGUGCUGCUCAGACAGAGUCUGGCCACCUUGUUGAUCACCAGUCAGAUCCUGAAUCAGAUCAUGGAGGCCUUCCUGCCUUACUGGCUCCAGAGGAGACGCAACAAGAAGAUGAUCCGCAAACUCCAGAAGAGAAGGAUCCUGGAGGACAAAGAGCUUCCUCUGGCCGAGCAGGUCCGGCUGGAGGCCGACAUGAGCACGUACCUGGGUACGUUCGAUGACUACCUGGAGCUGUUCCUGCUGUUUGGCUACGUCAGUCUGUUCUCCUGCGUUUACCCUCUGGCUGCCGUGCUGGUGGUGCUAAACAACGUCACCGAGGUUUACUCUGACGCCUUCAAGAUGUGUCACGUGUUCAAACGACCUUUCUCUGACCCGGCAGCAAACAUCGGAGUCUGGCAGCUCGCCUUUGAGGCCAUGAGCGUGAUUGCCGUCGUGACCAACUGUGCGCUGAUCGGCAUGUCUCCACAAGUCAAGGCUUACUUCCCAGACUCGGAGACGCAGCUCAUACUGUGGACGGUGGCUAUUGAGCAUGGGCUGCUGGCCUUUAAGUUCAUCCUGACCUUCCUCAUCCCAGAUGUUCCCAAACACAUCCAGAUCAAACUUUCUCGCCUGGAGUUUGAGUCAUUGGAGGCCCUCAAGAAAAAGAGACAGCUCCAUGGAGGAAAAUGCUGGAAGCCUCGGAGCUCGGUAAGAUGGUCCAGUGAGGAGGAGAGGAGAGCCUACAGAUACUGAUGGACCGCCGCUUCUCACAGCUUUAACAGACCGCUGUUUACACUCAAUCACAUAGACAAAGCCACGUUAUUUUUGGAGUGUGUGUGUGCUAUCUGUCUCAUCGGCCCCCUCAGUGAUGCAGCGUCUUCACUGCACUAGAACAGUGGUUACCUGUUGAAUAGCACUGCUUUAGAUACAUAGCUGUGUGCCAGAUGUUUUAUGUUGGUCUUUAAAGGAGAUGUACUGUAAUGAGGUUUUAUUCUGGGGUGGUGUACACAUGGGGGGAUAAUUAGGAAUAAUUUUGUAAAAGCCAGGUGUUCAAAUCACAGAAAAAUGCUGUAUUCUGACAUAUUAUACUGUAACAAAUAUUGAUUUUAUCUAUGACUGUUGAUGGAAGUUCUAUCAUGUCUGUGUUCUGUUCUUCAGCCACUGAAGUCACUUUGGGUUGGGUUAAAUCAGUACUGUGUUUUGGGAUGACGUAUAUUUGAAAGUUUGGCCACCCACAGUUAUGUUUACUCAUGAGUUAGAGCCCUACGGGGUGAUGGUGUAUGCACAGUAAACAAACUUCACCAAAGACUCCAUCUUAUAAAUUUCAGUAUUCAAGCUGCUUGUAAUCAGACAAAAUAUUCUAGUUAUAAUAGCUUGUGUUCUGCACUCUAACCAUGGAAGCAAAUAAUGGCUAUAAAUGUUUAAUUUUCGACACCUAAUUGUAAAAUGUAACCACUUCUAAUUACUAAUUCAACUCAAAUCAAAAAAUCAAGCUACUCAUAUCAAUGUUAAAAAAUCUAACUUGAACACGCUGCCAUAAAAGCAGUAAAGCCUGAAUGGAAUCAAUCAGACUUAUCAGGUUACAGUCUGUCAGUCAUGUGGUGACCGGAAACCUGGACACUUGUUUCCUCUCACUGAAACCACUCAAAUUUAGUGGUGUUUAAAUGUCAACAUUAAGUAUCGAUCAGUGAUGAAACCUCACAGUUGGGUGUUCAGUUGCUUCUGGGAUUCAGAUCAUAUGGAUUUUUUUGUUUGUUUUUUUAUGUCCGCUGACAAGACCAUGACAGAUUUUGCUGUCUUUAUCUUAGCAUGUGACCAGGGUAUAUUAUCUCAUAACUAAGUAUCAGCCUGUUACUUGAAGUUAAACCAUGCACUCUCCAAACGCCGCGUGGUGCCUUGAAAUGCAAUGCCUAUCUGAACAUUUGUUUUUCUACGCUCUGCACACACAGUCCUCUGGUAUCUACCUAAUGUAUUGAAACUGUUGUGGAGUGCAUCUUUAUUAAACGCAUA